AUGCCUCAACAAGACGAACCCAUUUAUUGUUCACAGCAAAUCAACAUUCCUCCUGAAUUGCCAGACAUCCUGAAACAGUUCACCAAGGCCGCCAUUCGUACCCAACCAAAGGAUGUAUUGCAGUGGGCCUACGCGUAAGUUAAGAUAUUUAAAACGUCUAGAAAAAAAAAGACAUAACGACUGACGUCUAUUUUCUCGUAGGAGAAUUGGAAAAUUAAAGUUCUAGUAGAUAGUUCUAGCCUUUUCAAAGUACGGUUUACUGUGCACCAGCCAGUUAAAGUUAUCGACAUGACUCGAUCAUGACAACUGAACUGAACUGUGGACCAAAACUUGGUAGCUCAACUGCUUCCUUUGAAAGUCGAUUUACAAGUUUGAAAGUAGCAUAUAUAUUUAUUUAAGGUACUAAAUUUGUGAGGUUUUUCAUGUUUCAUGAACCUUAAUGUUGAGUAGGUGGCAAAUUAAAUAAUCUUCUGAAAGUGGCAAAAUAUUAUUUUGCUGUCUGACAACUCAUUUUGACUAUGCUGCCUCUCUGUCCUGCGUUGGUACUGUAAGCAACUGUAAGCCCUGGUUUAGUGCCAGGGCCCUAAAAUAAUCGACUAGAACAUGCUACCCUUUUUCGCUCCUGCAUAUGGUUAGAGGAAUUUGCGUGUGUAGGAACAUGAAGGAAGCUUUUGACCAUAUACAUGCACAUUUUAUUUUGAUUGGAUACACCUGCAAAUUUGCACUAUAAGUAAUGAAAUUGGGCUAUUGCAUUUAAUAUCCGCACGCCCAGGUUGAGGAACCAUGGAAUUCUCCGGAGUAAGUUAUAAAAAUUGAGAAUUUCUUUAGCGGUAGAGUUAAAAAGUGUGGAAUUCUUUGGGGGUGAAGCCUUAAUUUUCACGAAAUUCUUCACGGGUAGACCCGUAUUCUUCAGGGGUAUGGCCCAAUUCUUCAGGGGUAAACCCAUAUUUUAUGGAAGUCUUCAGGGGUGAAUGCAAUUUUAGCCAAUCUUCAGGGGUAAGAAGAAAAAGUCAUUUUAUAAGUCCUCAACCAGGUGUGGCGGGUAUGGACAUAAAAUGCAAUAGUCCAUUACAGUCAACUCUCUCAUGGUGACCACACUUCUCAAACACAACCACCUCCCAUAAGCAACCACUCUGUAAAUAACCAAUUUGUUUUCAGUCAAAUACUGUUUCAAAAGCUCUCUUGUAACUAAGCGACCACUUCUUAGAUAUUUUAAGGAGCCAUGGCCAGAAAUUUGACAUAUUCUUUUGUUUUCUUUUCCCAUAAGUGACCACUCAGCAUGAACACAUAUGUUUAUAAAAAAAACUUUGCUUCAAGGCUGCAAAAUUUAAGUUUUUAAUAGUGCUGACCCUUCUUGCUGACAGAUUAUAACAGUUAACUGAAGAUGGCUGUAAUAUGAUCUGUAGGUAAAUUAAGUGGAUUGUUAAAUUGAUGCAAAGUGUUAUGCACAAAGUUUCAACGGUUCCAUGCGCUAUUUUAUGUGUGACAUUAUUGCCAGUUGUCUAUUUGCCUAAUUUUGUAAGGUAAUAAUUUAUGUAAUUGCCUUAAUCAGUUUGGUUUGAGCUUAUUUUCCUGAUUAUUCCUGUAGACAACCACCUCCCGUAAGUGACUACUUAAUCGUUCACCAAGGGUGGUCACUUAUAAGAGAGUUGACUGUAUUACAGAAACGAAUUAUAUAAAAUAAUGUAUUAUUAAGGAAGCUGGUAGGAGAAAGAUUUAUGUCUGCAAUGAAAUCACUGUUUUUGCAAUUUAUUUCCACCAACCCAUAUCAAUCUAUGUAACAUCUAGUCAGGGAUUCUGAUAUGUUGCAGAAAAAAAGUCAAAUUUUGCAGGAUUUUUAGAGACAGAUUUGCCGAAAAGUCAUCUGUUUUUGCAGGAAUUUCGCUGAAAUUUUUGGGCUAAUUAACUUCGCCGAAAAAAUAUCAGUAAAAAACGGCCAAUUUUGUGGGCAAAUUUCGCUAGAAAUUGAUCAAUUUUGCACUAAUUUCAUGGGCGUGUUUAAUGUUUUUUAACAGAGAUAAUCAUUUGCUAUUUUAACGACAAAGCAUUUGAGAAAUGAGCCAGUUUUUCGCAACAUAAUUUACACCUGGUAGUUUUGGGACAUUGUUUGCUUGUUGUGGUGAUGAAGUUUCAAGAUAGAUUUGCAAGUUUAUGGCAACUAAACAGUCCCAAUAGCCAAGAUGAGUUUUAGAUAUGUUGUAUUGACAUGUAUCAGUCAAGAUAAGAUUUCUAGCAAAUUUCACAGUAUUUAGCGUGUUUUUGUGAAUUUUAUGGGAUGUCACGGAUUUACCUGAAUUUCAUGACUCGGGGACCAUGCAAAAUAUCAGAGCCCCCGCCUAGUUGUCACAAAAAGUAAAAAUGUCCAAUCAACCUCUUGCUUAAAUUUGAAAAUAAAUUUUAUUCAGGUGGAGGCUUUACUCUGUAAACAUGGCUAGAGUCCCCUUCAGUAGCACAGUAGAUAAAGUGCCCAACCAGUGUCCAGCAGAAUAGAGGUUUGAAUGUUUUUGGGGACUAAUUAUUAUUUCCCUGUCUUUUUUUAUAUUUCACAUGGUAUUCAAUACUUUACAAUUUGUAGGUACUUUGAUGCACUUUCCAAAGGUGAGACACCCCCAGUGAAGGAUCGUCUUGAGUUUCAGUUAGGACAGCCCUUGGAAAAACCAUUAACGCAGGGGCUACUGGCAGUUUUACACAAACAGGUAUUUUCUCUCCCUCUCUUUUUCGUUUAAUUUACAACAACAAUGUCUUGACAGCAGUGACAAACAAAAUCUUAGUCAGAGUCUUGAGGUGUGACAAGCAUCCCGUGCUAUUUUGAGGCCACCACAGGAAAGUGUUUGUCCUGGCGGAUUCUCUUUCUUACCCAAUUACUUAUCAAGUCAUUAAUAUAUUAUAAUAUUUUUUCAAGACACGGGUGAUAACGAAAUUGUAAAAUCCAAGAUUCACUGAAAAUCUACAAAACACUUGUUUGAAAAUCUUAGACAGCUGUGUGGUGUAAAAAAGAAACCUCAAGACAGAAAAACCAUGUAAUUAAGGAAGAGUUGAUCAAUCGUCAGAGAUGCCUUUGAGAUUUCAUGUUUAGCCUGCAAAGGGCAGAUGUUUCUCCUCGCUCUUCGCCGCUCAGAGACAUUUCGUGAGGAGGAACGUCUGCGACUCAGCGACAAAAAUCCGGUCAGAAGCGCUAAUUGGUUGACGGAGUAGUUUCAUUGUUUUAGCUAUUGUUUACGAAUGACAGACAAAAGACAAAUGGCCACAAAGGUCAAAUGGAAUCUCUAACAAAAUAGUCAAUAUUUGAAGAAUAUAGUCUUCUCCAGAAGAGGCAUUUGAGGCAUUUUCUGGAGCUCAUUGUCAGAUGAACACAACACUUUACCAAAAUCGACCAGGAGAAACAAAGAAUUGAACAAAUUUGCAUUUGGAACCCCAUCACUACCGAAUUUAUUAUGUAAACAUUGAUUUACGUCAUCAGUAUGGAAUUUCUGUUGCUGAGUCACAGACGUUCCUCCUCGUGAACCGUCCCUCAGCAGCGAUGAGCGAGGAGAAACGUCUGCCGUUUGCGGUGUAUUUCAUGAUCAGAUCAAAAUUUUCUAUGAUUCGUAGUUUCGAUGUUUCAAAGGUAUUUGCCAUUUGCUAUUACUUAAUUAAAAUAAAAUUACAUUACAAGUAAUCUUGUGCCUUUUUUAUUUUAUUUUGAUCAAUACAAAGAAUGUUUUAAUUUUUUUAGCUGGGUGGAAAGCCCAUAAUAGAGCUAUCAUCCUUGGAGGAGAAAUGGAAACACUUGUCACUUCCUAAAGACACUUUGAAUGAGCUUCUGAGGUAAAACCCUAAACAUUUUAUUCUAUUUUUCCAAUUUUAGAUUUCAGGUGGAUUGUACUUAAUAGGGUGCAUUAAUUUUACUGAUCAUUUAUUCCCAGAAAUAAAAAUAAUAUGCAAAAGUUUUGUUACAAAUCUACUUUAUGGUGAUUUUUGAAUUACGUAAACCCUCCAUAUAUACGCCUUGCGGUGUUAUUUCAAGUAGAUUUCUGGAUAUUUUAAUGCACUGACUUCAAAAACAAAUGAUUUCUAGAGUUUUUGCAUUUAUUGUUUUCUGGAAUAUGGUCGAUUGAAGUCGUACCCUAGCCCUUAUAAUAUAAGUUUGUUGACUUUAUUCCUGACUGUGUAUGUUCUAGUCAAAGGGUCUUCUUCUUUGAUUUUCUUACAAACUGCUCUUAACUGCCUGGUGUCAAUGCUGAUGUACAUGUAAUACUUUAAAUGUUUUUCAGAAUGGGAAGUUUUGCUGAGGAACUGAGGUGGCUUCAUUUUUUUGCCCUUGCAUGUAGUGCUAUCAGUGAGGUAUGUGUUGUUGUGGUUCAAUUUUAUCCUUGGUUUAAAUUUUAGUUAGUUUUUAUAGAGCGCGCGAGGGGGGCACAAGCGUCCGCGUAAUUUCUCGCUUCGCCCUGAAAAAACCCGUGCCUGCUACACAGGCUAAAUCUCCCACUGACUCAUUUUAAAGUAAUUUGUUAUUAACCUGUUUAUUAAUCAUCAUAACAAAUUAUCUUGUUAGCUUAUAUUGAAACUUAAGGAACUGAAAUCUUUUAGUGGACGUAGUAUUCUUGACAUAAAAGAACUAAAUGAAUUCUCUCUUGUAGAAUCUGACGUUGGCAAUGAAGACAGUUUGUGAGAUUUUAACAACAGAUCUAGAGGGUGGAGCUGCAAGGAUUUCUUUCUCGCUUUUCAAGGAACUGUUUACUUACUUAGCUGAGAUCGACGGAGAAAUACCCAAAGAACAUGUGGACACAGUUAUCGAACAUCUCAGUUAUGAUGUGUGAGUUAUUUCUAAACACACUUGACUUCACUUCUUAGCCUGUAUUGCUAGCAUCCCUGCCCAAGCUAAGAGCAAAAGUUACCCUUUAGAUAUAUGUCUGAAAAGUUACAGGUUACCUAAUUUUAAUAUGUUCUUUCAGUUCCUGCUAACAAAAUUUUUCAAAAGCGAACUGUUUUCGCGUUUUUAAUACCGAAAGUUGAGCAACUAAUGCAAAAGGCCUAUUGUAUUUUAUAAAUACAGAUUUUCAACACACUAAGUAAUCUCCUUUUCAAGAUCUCAGCCUCGGGUUUAUUCUUAUAAUAUUCUUAAAAUUUUGCAAAUUAAUAACCCGUGCGCACGGUUUGAUAAAGCUCCGCCAUGCUGUCGCGAACAGGCUUACUUGUGUGAGUUGUGCGGAGCUGCCAAAAUUUUCCCCGAACUCAAGCAAAUGAGUCUGCUCGCAGGCUUCUGUUGCGGCAUGCCUCGAACUAUCAGGAACGAGCUGGUAACAAAGACAACCCUCUGGCACAAAGGGUACAGUCUACUAAAACACCCUAUAGCCUUCCUACAUCUCGUAAGAUGACGACUAUACGGUAGUUCCCGAUAAUAUAAACUCUGUUGUUCCCAUACUGGUGAUCGAAACGGAGGAAACGUUUCUUUUCAGUAACUUUACGAAACUCUAAAAACUUGUAGUCCGAACAACGCACAAGACGUAAAGUUGCAAAGCCUUUUAAAAUAGCUGUUGUGGCUGAUAUGAAACGCCACGCUUUUUAUGUUGUAUUUCACUUGAAAAAGAAAUGUAAGAUGCUUAAUAAUAUGCUUUUUUUUCAGGGAAAAGCAAGAUGGACAAGUAUCCCCUCGUAACUUUAUGAGUGACAGCUGCCCUCCUCUAUCCCCUAACGAAAACUCAGCGUAG